UAAUGUCAAGAACAAAUGAUGAAGAUUAUGAUUACUUAUUUAAAAUUGUUUUAAUAGGUGAAUUUCAUGUUUAAAGAUUUUAGGUGAUUCAGGAGUAGGAAAAACAAAUAUUUUAAAGAGAUUCAUAAAUAAUGAAUUCUAAUUAGAAUCAAAACCUACAAUUGGAGUUGAAUUUGCAACGAAGACAUUUCAAUAAUCAGGGAAAUCAGUUAAAUGUUAAAUUUGGGAUACUGCAGGAUAGGAGAGGUAAGACUUAUAAUUAUGAAAUUAAAUUUUAGAUAUAGAGCCAUUACUAAUGCAUAUUAUAGAGGAGCAGUUGGAGCAUUUAUAUGUUAUGAUGUAACAAGAGAAGUCACAUUCAAAAACACAGAAAAAUGGUUAUCAGAGUUAAAAGAACAUGCAGAUGGGAAUAUUGUGAUAAUAAUGAUUGGAAAUAAAAUAGACGCAGUUGAUUCAAGAGUAUAUUAAUAUUUUCAUAUAGACUGUUAGAACAGAUGAAGCCUCAAAUUUUUGUGAAUAACAAAAUAUAGGAUUCAUUGAAACUUCAGCAUUAGAUGGGACCAACAUAGAUGUUGCAUUCAACAAGAUUGUAGCAAGUAUUUUAUUUUUAUAACAUAAAUAGAUAUUUUUAAUACAAUUGGUUCUAAAAGCGUUAAGAAAGUAGUUUAAGUAGAAUCAGAACAUGUAGUAUUAUAAGAAACAAAGACGAUUUAGUCAAAACCGAAAAAGAAUAGCGAAGGAUGCUGUUGA